AUGUGGCGCCGCGAUUGGCCGGCGGGACCCGUAGAGGGCGGUUCUCUAUGGCACCCGCGGCAGCAGCAGGAGGAGCCGGAGUCGCUGUUGGGGGCUGGUGAUGGGGUUAAUUCCCCCUCGUGUGUGAAGCCCCCUUCGCGAGCCGGCCUUGCCGUCGCCUUCAUCCCCUUCCUCCUCCCCUCCGCCCGUUCGUCAAGGCUCGCGCCAUUGCGGUAAGUUCGCCCCCUCCCUCCCUCACCCCCCGCCCCAGUUCCAUUAUAAAUAUCUCCCCCCCCCCCGCUUUUCCGUCCCCUCCGCGCUCUGCAGAAAGGCUUGGAACCCUGAGAGCCGCCGUCCCAGGCGAGGGGGAGGUUGGUCUUGCCCUUUUGCAGCGCCGCCACCACAACGCCAGUCUCCCUCCCUCUCCCCCCCCUCUCUCUGCCUCCCCCCCCCCCGCGCCCUGACCGGCCUGCAUUGGACGGAAGUGCGCGCCAGCCUCGUGGAUGCAAUUGGUGCAGUUACGCCCCCGGGCCUUGCGGUGGGUCGGGGGGGGGGGAGUGACCUCCCUCCCUCCCCCCCCCCGCAGGGACAGUGUGGGGUUGAGAGGGGAAGUUGGUGGGUGGAUGCAGUGGGGUCUUUGCAUUCGGUGGAAGGGCUUCCCUGCUUCGGGCGAGGAAACACGACGGCUUCAAAAUAAUGUCAUGGCCAGUCUCCUCCUGCCCCGGAUGGCAACUCUUUUAUAUUAUUCCCAAAGGCAGGCAUUAUUAUAACCUGAGGGCCUGCCGUGGGAGAAAUCCCUGCCGCUGCCCCCUUCGCCCCCCAAUGGGUGCCGUCCUAAGAUACAUGUCUUCCCAGUAUCUGUCAGAAAGGGAAGCUGGUCCAGGAAUGGAUGCAGAUAGAUUGAUAUUCAUAUAUAUUCAUUCUCUCGCUCUCACUCAUUCAUAUAUAUUCAUUCUCUCGCUCUCACUCACUCAUUCAUAUAUAUUCAUUCUCUCUCUCUCUCUCUCUCUCUCUCUGUCACACACACACACAGAGAGAGAGAGAGAGAGACAGAGAAACAAUCUCUUGGGACCUGCAGUGGCUAACCCUUCUUCAUUCCCUGUGAAGUGUUGAUUCAUCCUGAAAUGGUUAAAAGAAGUGGCUGGUUAAAAGCUGUGGUUGUCACUUCGGUUCUAAGCUUGAGGGUUUGCCAUCCCAAUCCGUGGAUAGAGCUGCCUUUGCAGAUUCCUCUCUGUUCCAAAGGGAUACUUGGCAUGACAGUACUCUUGAGAUCUUUAGUGAAAGGGACUACACCACAAGGUCUGUAGGGAGCGUGAGGCUUUGUAUAUCGUUGGACUCGUGAGCGAUACAUAUGUAGGUUAUCAGCUUGGAGACUGCCCCCAAGGAAGCGAUGGCUUGCUUUGAACUUUGCGUCCUCUCCAAAGGCUGUAUGAGGUAAUCCUUUGGCUUGUACUAGUAGAGCAUCAUAUGCUUGUCAGAAAAUGGCUGGUGCACAUAUAAUUCUGAAGACUGCAAUGGGAGACAAUAUAUUUCCCCGUUGGUGCUCUUUGACCCACUUCUCUGGGAUUGAUAGGGGGUGGAGGCAAUAAGUUCUGUUAGCUUUAGCAAAGUGUCAUGGAUUGAGUUUGUGGGUGCAAGGUAGUGUUAAUUUCCGUAGUCCUGUUUGAGGACUGAUUUCUAGCAUCCUCAAGAGCUGUAAGUGCAACUGGGUCACCAGAGCUUCAAAUAGUGCACAGUAACUGCCUCAUAGGAAGGGCUUUAAAACUGCAUACUUGCCCAUAUUAUAAUGUAAAUGCUUCCCCCCCCCUCUGUGAUUACUUAGGGGCUUGUUCACUCUUCAAAUAGCUUGUGGCAUAUUGAUAGCUGCUAAAAAAACCAACAACAACCCAGAGCAAAUAUUGAGAGAACCAGUGGUUAAAAGUGAAGUACACAAUAUUGUAUUUGGGCUGACUGAUCGUUUUGCCUAUUGUGUUGAAAUGAUUUGUUCAUUUUUAAAAUAGCUAAUUACUCAUGCCUUUAAAGGUAAGGAAUGUUUUCUUGUUCUCAAGGUAACAAAGAACUGCCGGGUCCCCCUCAUGCUGUGAUGUAAGGUGGAAAAUUCAUCACUUCCCAAAAUUAAGGAGUAAUCUAAAAUGCCUGUCAAAUUUGGUAAUUUAAAAUUUGUAAUCUGUUUUAUGAUGUUUGGGAGCUGCUUUGGAAGACCAGAAAUUGACAUAAGUGUUUACAUAAUGUUAAUGGUUUUCAGUGCCUUCCAUUUUUCUCCUUAAAAUUUAAACCAUGUGUGGAAAGCACAUGCUAUUGUGUUGUCACAAAAUAUUUACAAAUAAAGUUUUGGAUUUGUUUUUAAUAAUGUUAACUGUGAUUUAUUGAAUUUGUAUCCUAAUCAAAUAUUUUGGCUCUUUGAAAUAUUUUAUGCAUACAAAUUAACAUUUUGCCCUUUUUGAUUUAUAUUGGUUAAAUUUAAAUAAUAUGUUAAAUUGGAUAGCUUUUGGGUAUCAGAUAAUUUUCCAGUUCAAAAUUUUCCAGGAGACUGGUGUCAAUAACCCCUUCAGCCUGCAGUCAGUGUUCCUCUUCUAGAGAUUGUAGCCAAAUGAUUUUGAGAUCUUCCUUCCAUACAGGUUGUAUGGACCAUCAUGGCUGCUGGAAAAACUUUAAUACUGAAAGCAAAUUGGAGGUUUGCAAAGUGGCUUAACUGUUGAUGUAUCUUAGAAUGCUUUGAUCUUUUUUGGAGGUAGAAAGGGAAUGGUAUUUGGUAAUGCUGUUUGGUCUCAAUUGCUUUACUCAAAAGCAGAAGGAGUCAAAAUAUUAUUUAUUAUUUAAUUUAAUAUAUCCCCCCAUUCCUUGUGAGAGUCUUGGGUGGUUAACAGUAAAAAAUGAAGCAUUGAGAAACAAAGAUAGAGCCGCAAUAGAUAAUACAACAUACACUGGUUUCCCAUUGUGUAUGAGAGAGACUUUGUAGAAUUGUUAAGGUGCAUUCAUAUCUUCUCCACCUUGGAUAUUACAGUGAUAGGAUAAGAGCAUUUGUGGCAUCAUAAGCCAUUUUAAAUUAUUGGUAUACUGUACCAUGUGUAUUAUAGAAGUUUCCUAGCCUAGUACAUAUUCUACAUUUGCAUUACGUUUAUCUUACUUGAAACUAAGUACUUUUGUAGUUAACUUGACACUUUGUCUGGACUGGAUUUGAAUAGGAAUAUUCUCUGUAGCACUUGCAAAAAUGCGACUGUAUUCUAGUAAGUUAAGUAUAUUUUUAGUGCCUUUGCAAUUCUGGUUUCAUUUUUAAAGAAAUUGAGCAAUUUCCUAUGGUAAGUGGCAUUACAGUGGUACCUCAGGUUAGAGAAGCUUCAGGUUACAGACGCUUCAGGUUACAGACUCCACUAACCCAGAAAUAGUACCUCAGGUUAAGAACUUUGCUUCAGGAUGGAAACAGAAAUCGUGUGGUGGCUGCGCUGUGGUAGCAGCGGGAGGUCCCAUUAGCUAAAGCGAUACCUCAGGUUAAGAACAGUUUCAGGUUAAGAAUGGACCUCCAGAACGAAUUAAGUACUUAACUGGAGGUACCACUGUAUAGGGUUGAAUCAGUCUUUACAAUUUUUCUCUCUAUACUAUAUUCAAAUAGAAUUAUUGUACUGUCGUUGCUUAGUGUUCAUAAUAAGUUAUUCUGCAGGAGCUUACAUCAGAUUUAGAAACAGCACAAAGGUGCUGUAUUUGUUUAGCUUGGGCUUUACUUGUGUGCGUCUGUGUGUUGGUCUAAUUUUUUUUUAAUGGCUUCUGUCAGUUGUGGCAUCAUUGCAAAACAGCUGGCCAGCAUGGUUUUGCCUUUGUGGGAAUGUUGUUCUUCCUGUUCCUAGUUGUGUCUGGCACCAUGUGAGCUGCUGUCCAGAUGGAACAGGACAUGAGCUACAUCACUGUCUGCUUUUAGCAGCCUCUUCAUGUGACAUUUAACUUAAAAGUGGAGCUGCGUAAUGUCUAGCAAUGUAGAACGUUUGAAUUGUGUUGCGCGGGGGGGGGGGGAGGCAAUAAAUAACUUUUUAGCUAUGGUAAGGACUUCCAGGGGGGUUGUGGGAUUUUGCCAGCGAAAGAUGGUCAGUACAUCCUGUGGGUUUCUCUUGUUCAUAGUUCUAAUUAUGCCUGGCAGACAGAUUUGUGUGAUGUAUCCUGUCUCCUUCAAGUGUUUUAUAAAACUAGUCAUAAUUUGGGAGAAUGUGCAAUGGAAAAUGUAGUUUAGUUUGCUGUUGUGAGUUCCUUUUCCUUUCCUUUUGUGUUUGCAGAAUAUAGGUGGAGGAGUAAAGAUGAUGGAUCAAAAUCCUAUGAUGCUUGUAGGUGGUAAUUUUAAAUGAGCAAUCUCUGACUAGUUCUCCCUGCAGUAGCACCAAGCCCUUUCCUUCAAGUUUUGUAAAAAUGAAAUAGAUGAAUCAGGGUAUGAAAGGGAGGGAAAUCCCACUUCUGGUGUGAGGGAAGAGUAGCAGUUGGACUCUUCAUCAGGCCUUGACAUUGGGAGGUGAGGUGGAAAUCUGCCAAAUUGAAUUUGUUUUGAAUAUGUGACCCUGCUGAGAAUGCCUGCCACAUGCCCUGAGGCAAAUGUUUUGACCCUUAUUUAUGUGUACAAAUAUAUAUUUGUUGUUUGAACCUUGCUUGGGGGGCCAUUGGGGGUGGUUUUCGGUUCAGUUAUUUGACUUAAUUAGGUGGACAAGAGGAAGCCAGCUGUCCCAGGGUAUACGUUGUAGUAAUUUUUGCUUUAAGAUCUGGGGGAAAUUACAAAAAGUGGACUGUUACAUGACCUCUUACGAUCUCAGAAUUUUGCUUUAAGGUGACCAUAGUGAAAGGAAAUAUGAAUGCUUGUUUAGUAUGUGUUGGUUUCCAUAAAUCAAGUGGCAUCUAUCUAUACUGCUUUCUUUGAUGAGGUUACAGAAAACAUAUUUCUUGUUCCUGCACCAAUAAGUAGGCUUCCCUAGAAUUUAACUCUGUGUGUUGGACUCCUCAUUAUAGUGCCAAAUGGCAAGGUAUGGAUGAUCACAUUAGGCUUCUUAAGCCAAAUUGGACCAAUCUAAGUAGUAGAUAUGAUUGUAGGAGUGAAUAGGGUAUGCUUGGCUUUCGUACUGUGAGUUCUUUCCUGUACCUGAAGGAUUCUGUUGGAUGAAAUUGUAUGCUUUUGUUUUGGAGUUUUGCUUGGCCUUUAGAGAGUUCUCUCUGAGAAUCCAAGAGGACAUUACGUGCAACGAACUGUAAAGGUACUCCUGAUCGUUAGGUCCAGUUGCGGAUGACUCUGGGGUUGCGGCGCUCAUCUCGCUUUACUGGCCGAGGGAGCCAGUGACUCUGGGGUUGCGGCACUCAUCUCGCUUUACUGGCCGAGGGAGCCGGCGUUUGUCCACAGGCAGUUUUUCCGGGUCAUGUGGCCAGCAUGACUAAGCCACUUCUGGUGAACCAGAGUAGUGCACAGAAACACCAUUUACCUUCCUGCCAGAGCGGUACCUAUUUAUCUACUUGCACUUGACGUGCUUUCAAACUGCUAGGUUGGCAGGAGCUGGGACCGAACAAUGGGAGCUCACCCCGUUGCGGGGAUUCGAACCGCCGACCUUCUGAUCGGCAAGCCCUAGGCUCUGUGGUUUAGACCAGAGCAAUGUUCCCCAAAUUCUGGCCACACAGAGUAUCGAUGCAUGUGAAAGAAGUGCUUCUUGUAUGCUUAGCGUUUUGAACUCCAGCAGUGCAUCUGGCGUGGAAACAUUACGUGGUUUGAUCUCAUGCUGUUGUAGCAUGUAUGGUGAGGUGUUGCUGUUGCACUCAAUUGCAGGUUGUUGUGGUGCUGCCCCUUGCCAAGAUCAGGAUGGGACAGGAUGGGGGAAGCACUGGAUGUUUUUCAGGUACACAUGCUUUUUUUUCUUUCCUGGCACUGCUGGUAGCAGCGAAUGUCUAACAUCUAAUGUCUAAUGAGAGGUGAUAUGCUAGCCAUCUUCAAAUAACUAAAGGGCUGUCACAUGGAAGAUGGAGCAAGCUUAUUUUCUCCUGCUCUGGAGGGUGGGUCCUGAGCCCAAUGGCUUCAAGUUACCAGGAGAUUCUGACUAAACAUUGGGAAAAACCGUUCAACAGUAGAACAGGCUCCCUUAGAAUAUCGUGGACUCUCCUUCAUUGAUGAUUUUUAAGCAGAGUUGAAUGGCCAUCUGCCAUGGAUGCUUUAUUGAGAUUUCUGCAUUGCAGGGAGUUUGACAAGAAUGACUUUAGGGGUCCCUUCUAACUCUACAACUCUUAUGACUCAACUUGGUACAAGACAGUUUCUUGUGUUCCUAUGAACAGCAACACAUACAAUUUUUUUGGUAUGUAAUUUAUAUAGUAAUUUAUAGUGCCACAAUUCCAUAAUCCUCUGCAGUAGACUUAUGUAAAUAUACUACAUGAUUAAACAUCAUCUAAGUACGUAAAACUGGGCAUGAGGAACCUGUGGCCCAACAUAUAUUGCUGGAAUCAUUAUCUGUGGCCAUAGGCUGUCUCUGUCCGAUAAGAGUUGUUUCUUAACAACAACAGCAGCAGCAACAACAACAACAACAACAACAACAACAACAACAACAACAACAACAACAACUGAAUUUGUUAGUCACUUUAUUUUGCCUAGGACAACCCAAAGUGACUUACAACCAAACAGAGUGACAGAUGGGGGAACCCCCCUCCAACAUAACUACAUUAAAACCAAGAGGAAAAAGAAAUACAAUAUCCUGCCCACUUCUAAAAUGCCAGAUGGUUGAGGGGAAAAGACCUGGCUACAGAGGAAAGUUUUUGCCUGGCACCUAAAGAUAUGUAGUGAGAGUGCCAAACGUGUCCCUGGGGAGAAUAUUUCACAAAUGGGGAGCCACUGCAGGAAAGGCCUAUUCUCAUGUUGCCACCCUCUGGGCCUCUUGUGGUGUCAAAAACGUCUGGAGGGUCACAGGUUUCCCUUUCUUCAGCUAAACAGUGAUGAAGUUCUGAUCACAUACCAAGAUCUAUAUCAAGUCAGUCUGCAAAUUGUGGUUUGUGUGGGUAAAUAUUACAUCAGCAUGGAGCAAACCACAGUUAAAGCAGUUUCUCUGCCCCUCUGUUCUCCAGCCCCACUGCCGUUGUCAUUUUGCAAUCUAAAACACAAUUUCCCCACACUAGGUUAUUCAGAUGCAAUGCAACACUAUAUUUUAAUGUUACGAGCAUGAACUUCAUUCUUGUAACAAAUACUAAAUGGCUUGCCUAACCUUUUUGUAUACCACUACUGUAAGCUUUUCCUGUGGUUAAUCAUAAUUGCUUUGUGCACCAGGAUUGCAAUGCAGUGUCAUAUGCUACGAUUACAACCCAUCUUAGUGUAUAAUGUAUGGCUUGUGUAAACCAUAGUUUUGUCAUGUUUGAUGAAAUGGUGGGUUGUAUAUGGCCUGCUAUUAAAUAAGGAAAUGAAGUACUCAGCCACUGUGUGCAAAUGGUGGAGAGAGUGCCUAGUUCAAGGACAAUGGUGGUGCCAUAGCAUUGUUUUGCCUUUUUUGUGAAUAUUGCCCACAUUUGACAUCUUAACCAGGAUUAAGACACCAAACCAUGGUUAGACCUAUAUUAUGUAUACCCAAGGUCAAUUUGUGCUAGCAUAGUUUCCAUUGAAAUCUACCUUGUGCUUUCCAUAGUCUGUGGUUUUAUUCACUGAAUAAAUCUUGGAGCGUUUUCCUUGCAUUAAUUUGCUUGCCCAUGGCAAGUUACUUUACUUAUUUAUAGAAUGUCCUUCCUUUCACCACAAGCAGCCUACACCAGUAAUUAAAACAAUAAAAUUCAAUUAAAAAAACACCACAGUAUCAAAUGCAGUAGCUCUGUGCAGGUUAUUACUGCUGUUAGUUAUCCUUGUCUUAAUGGUGAAUCAUUAGUGAUGUUGUUCCUAGCUCCUCUGAGCCUUCUUUCCUUUGCCUCACCCCUUGUAGUAGAUAGACAAAACUUUUUAGCUCUGGAUGCUAAAUAAGCUCUUGUUCUCUUUAUUAGGCUGAAUACUCUUUACUUUGCUGAUUAAAAACUGCUACAGGAUACAGAUGGAGGCAAAGUGUUGAGAAAGAAGGGUGAACCACAAUCUCUUUGACCCUGAGGUGAUAGGGAUGGCAGAAAAACUGAACAUAGAUGUUAGUUGUCAGCUGUUUGUAAAAGAAUAUAUAAAAUAAUUAAGAAGAAUAGGCCAACAAGUAACUUUUCAGACAUAAACCUUUUUUCUCCACUAAGCUGGCCAACAAAUUCAUUCUUCUUGCUAGCAUUAUUGAUCUCAAAACUGAUAAGAAAAUGAUAGUUUUAGAGAAAACAUUUGAAAUUAUUUUAGUCUUUGUUCACCCUGGACUUUGAAUUAAAUGUCAUGGUUAGAAAGGGCCCAUGAAAUGAGCAUAGAUUUGUUGAGACAUUGGCGUAUUCACACUGUAUUGGAGUCUAGGGCACUCAUGGCACAGCUCACCAUGAUGUCUCAUCUCCAGGCCAGCCCUUCUCAACAGCUGCAACUUGAGUGUGGAUUUAGGAAGGUGUGUCACUUGAUCAGGAUAUCUGGGUAAAAUGUGUGUCCCAGUCGCAUGGAUCCAUAUGCAUGAACAGCUGCUCACAAGCAGAGGUUUAUUUUCAGACAUCUGUGCUCUGACCAUUAAUGUUAGGACGAGGACAGCAGCACCUGAUUCUCCUCCACCACAUGACCCCCCCCCAUACACAUGUUGCACAUUAGUUAUCUUGUUAAAACAUUCAACUGCUUCUUCAUAGUGGACAUUGAAUGCAACAGACCAGAUUAAACUGCCCAGUCCCACUAGUGGAUGCCAGCACAAGCACUCAUUAGCACCGUGGGACUUUCCCUCUCUCCUUACCCCUCAUGCCUUCCCCAGAUCUGCUCUGGAGGGUCAAGGAAACCUCCCCAAAAGCAUGCGGUGGGAGGAAGGAGAUGAUUGUUCUGUCAGCACAAGUAGAAAUCUCCUUAGUGCUACAUUGAAUUUCACCCUGAACUUUUAAUUCUGUGAUAAAUCACAACUGAACCCUGGCAUUUUUUAAGUAUGCAGACUAAAUAACGGUACUUUUGGCUCUUUCUCUCUCUCUUUCUUUCUUUCUUUCUUGUGCCACAUCAAAGCGUUGUUUAGUAGACACACUUACUAUAUGUUCCUUUUCUUAGUUUUCAGUACUGGGUAACAAAUUAUUCUUUGGUCGAAGGAAAGUUAUAUCCAAAUACAUGGAGGUGGUUUGUGGUGAAAGUACUGAACUCUUGUAGUGUUCACAUUGAAAGACGAGCAAAAAUGUGGAACGAAGAGGUGCACCAGGGCUUCUUUAAAGCACGGGAAUACUUAACUCCUAUUGGGUGAGAGAGUUGGAGAUGUAGAGAGAGUUGGAGAUGUAGAAUCCAUUUUAAUUCCGAGUUUGCCUCUGUAUGGCCACAACCACCAAGAAACAGUGACAAGCAAAAGUUGAAGAUGCACACCAUAUAGCAUCACUGAAUGUUGUUCUCUAGAGGGAGGAAGUAUAUGGGAUGUAUCCAACAGUUGUCACAUUUGUGCAAGGACUUCCGCUUAUGUCACAGAACUUCUUUUCUCCACUACACAUUCCCCAAAUCUAUUCUGGUUUUCCCCCCAAUCCUUUGGAACAGAUUGGGGUGGGGGGUUGGCACGAGGAGAGGAAGGGAAAGUACCAAGCAAAAGUCCUUGUGUGAACGAAACAGCUUUGUUGGAUGCAACCCAAUGUAUUAAGACAUAGAAACAAGUGUAAUUGUUUCUUACUUAACAAUGCACACAGUACCUGAUGUUUGCUGGUGUUGAAACUGAGUGAAGCGAAUUUUAGAAUAAAGAACUGGGUCCACAAGAAAAACUUGUGGUCAGGAUUCCUAAUUAAACUGUGUUUACAUUCAGUCUUCUCAAGAAGUUGAAGGUAUGCUUGGUAUAUAGAAUUCUUUGCUAUGUGACCUUCUACAGUUAACACCACAAAGAGUUUUUGAUAAAGACCAUAAGAUUGUAUAGAGCAGUGCAUCAUACAAAUUUGUCAUUAUGUGAAAAGUAUUAAGGUUCUGAUUAUUUUACUACUGAAUUUCAGGAAGGCUUUGUUACUGGCAACAUAAAUCUCUGAAGAGUCUCAAAUUCUGCGCUUUACAUUUCCUCACCAGUAAAUCCCCAUGGGAUUUUUCAUAAUUGCAUAGCAUUGCAGUCUUCUUUUGCUUAUGAUGUCUGUAGACUCCUGUCAUCUUUCUGUUCACAUCUUAUUCUAUAAUGUGUAUACUGCUAAUUAAGCAGCAAUGGCUCUCUUGGCAACGAUGUGUGUACAGAGUCUUGCAUAUGUUGCCAGUUGCAUUUCCCCCUUCCCCUUGAACUUUUUGGAAUCCCAGUUGCUUAAGCUAAUUGCUUAAAUUUUACACUGUUUAAAAUUGCUUACUUUUUCUUCUUCUACUAGCGCUAGAAGAAGAAGAAGAAAAGGUAGAGGUAGUUCUGUGCUCAACACUUCUCCUGGGUUUUUACAAGUUUCCAUCAAUUAAUGAGCAAAGAAAAUACAUUCAAAAAUUACCAAAAAAUAAUAAUAAAAUUGCUUACUUUUUCUAGGCACACUUGCCCUUUAGCAUCAUUGGUUUACAGCAGCUUAAAAUGAUGGGUUUUUUGUUUAUUUCUCUGUGUGCUUUAUAGCUAGUAACAAUCACAACACUAUGCAUAAGUUAGUUAAUGAAACUGAAUCCCAGGUCAUACUUUCUGACAUUCAACCAGUGUUGCCUUAAGGGAAAAUGUACCAUAAAGAAAUGCAUGAGAAGACAUAUCAGGGGCCCACAAGCAGUCACUGCUCCCCAAUAACUGUAUGCAGGUCUUUGGAGGCCUGAGUCUCCUCGUUUAAAGUUUGUGUUCUUUGCAGGGAAGUGGGAAUUGGCACUUGGCUAUGAAGCUCAAUACAUGAUAUUGGACAAGUCUCCUUUGCCUGAGCAUAAUGUACUUCAUGGGACUGAGCUCAAAAGAAGCACAUUGUACACUUGUAUGUUACAGAAAUAUAUUUACAGAACUAUACAUAUGAGGACAUGUCAUUUCAGUUUCUUUUGUUGAAAGAAAUACCUUCUUCCACAAAGCUGGGAUGGAGAGGAUUUGGAAAGGUUAUGAACCUUUUGGGGGGAGGCAUCUGAGGGAAGAUUGCCACAGUUGCCGUGGAAUGUUGGUGCUAAUUUUGUUACCUAGAAUAGUUAACAAACAGAAUGAUAAUUCUUGUUUACUGCUGCUUCCUUUCCCUUGUGAAUUAUACUAUUCAAUCUGCUAUUCUCUUGGUGGUGUUGCUGAUCACCAGGCAGGGAGCUAUUGAAAACACUGAUCUAGACUUUGUUUUGAUCCCUUUGAAAAUGGCUCAUGUUGGUGUUUGAGAAGAGAGUGCUAUAAUAACAGAAUUCAAAAAAGCCAAAUGUUCUUCUGAUUAGACAUGUAAGAAGAAUGUUUCCAAUAAAAUGUGCUUUCUGAUUGAAAUUGGCAAAUUUCUCUGCAAAAGACAGCACAUCUUCAAAGGCAGAGGACCUUCAAAGGCAAAGUAUCCUCUUUAGGAGAUGCAAACUUGUACAUCAGAGCUUUCCAAACUGUGUGUCGCGACACAUUAGUGUGUGGGCUGCAGUGUAGAGGUGUGCCACCCGAAUGCUCCCCGUGCUUUUCCUGAGGCUGGAAAGGAGUUAGUUUAACCUUUGGUUUGCUAGUAAAACUGAAUUGCCAUGUCGUGAAAUGAUGCAUGUCUAAAAAGUGUGUCACCAACAUAAGAAGUUUGGAAAGCUCUGCUUUACACACUUACCCGAAAGGAAGCCCAUUUGAACUCAUUGAGACUUUUGCCUGUAUAGGAUUUGAGCUGCAAAAUUCUUUAAGUCAGCUGCAUUAUGCCUAACUCAGGGUUUCCCAAACUUGACUCUCCAGCAUUCAUUGUAUCCAGCUUUAGAUCCAAAACAGCAGAAAGACACAAUGUGGCUCCAUGCUUGUCAGCCGAUGUGAUAACCGAAGUAUUGGGUUGUAUCAGACAUGGCCAAACUUGGCUCUCCAGCUUUUUUGGGACUACAACUCCCAUAAUACCUAGCUAGUGGGACCAGUGGUCAGGGAUUAUGGGAAUUAUAGUCCAAAAACAACUGGAGACCCAAGUUUGGGAAACCAUGGUCUAGCUAUAGUGUUUAUCCUGUAAAAUGUAUUAACAUUUUAUCUUCUGAAGCAUUUAAAUGGUUCUUGUAAUCUUUCCUAUAAUCUCUCACACAUUCUUCUCUGUGUCUCAACUGUACAUGUCAUACUGAUUUUGUGCAAGUCUUCAGAUUGGGUUAGUCACCUUAGUCAUCUUCAGAUAUUGUUGGACUUCAGCUCCCAUCACCCUGGUCAUUGGCCGUUCUGGCUGGUGCUGAGGCUUGAGAGUACCAACAACUGGAGAACACCAGUUUAACUACCACUGCAUAAAAUGUGUGUGUUUGCUUCUUAAUUUCCACCGACAUUAUUCAGUUUCUGAUUUGCUUUAUUGAAAAUGUUUAAUAUUAAACAUUAAUAUUAAAAAAAAUUAAAUCACAGAAAACAUUGGCUGAUAACCCAUGUUAGUCCUAGGGUGGACCUCUUUAAAUCACUGGACUGGCGUAUGGCUUAGUAGAGUUGAAUAUCAUCCAUUAUUUUAACUUCUGUUCCUUCUUUUUUGAAGAGUCAAUUGUAAUUUUGUGGUUUAGGAGGCAAACAUUAAAUGUACCGGUAUUUAGACAUAGGGAUAAUAUUUAAUUGUAUACUAAUCCUACAUUAAUAUUAAAAUGUCCAAAUCCUUUGGAACAAAAUGAAUUUAUGGAGAAUUUAUGGAGAAUUGGUCCUUAGCACACCCUGGAAUGGUGAUAUUGGGCCAAUGGGAGAGGGCUAUAUUGUGUUGAAGGUUAGUUCUGGUUCUCGGAUACAGUCGUCAAGUGAUUUAAAGUGCCUGUCAGGUCUUAAAAGUACGCUAGAAUAUUCUGCAUCUCAAUUUGAUAUGAUUUAAUUGGACUGAUUGCUCUGUUGCAGAAUUAAUGAGACAUUCUGAUGCACUACUGCAUGAUUAACACAUGGUCAUUAUUCACUGCUGCUUUUUACUUUAGUUUUAAGUGCAGCUAUCUUCACUAGUAUUUGUGCAGUUGUAGUCACAGGACAAAGACUAGAACAGCAUUAGCUAGCUUUAGUACAGCACAGUACAGUAAUCAUAAAUAGGAAAAUGUAGCAUAUCUGCUGUUCUAAUGUUGUAGUCUGUAGUCCUCUAUAAACACUGCCUUUGUGUAAUCUGUGCUUUGUUCAGUUACUAAUGGAUAUUGAAGUGAUAGGAAUGGAUGAACAUGGCUUAAAUUUAAUGCAGGAUGCUCAAAUCCAAAUAUGUAAAUCAUGCUUAAUUUCUGUGCUUGCACUACACCAGGGACUGGGUGCUGACCAUAUGAUCUUUUACUUUGGGUGCCAUUUUCUUGAAAAUGAAGUCCAUCAACCUGUAUACUGAUCCUGGGACUCUGCAUUUCAAGCGCAGCCAUUGUGGCCAGUCCUAGACAACAGUUCCUGCCAGCUCAUUAUACUUGGGUCUUCAGUGGGCCAGAAGGCAUAGAUGAGGGUUUCCCAAACUUGGGUCUCCAGCUGUUUUUGGAGGGCCAGUGGUCAGGGAUGGUGGGAACUGUAUUCCCAUAACAGCUGGAGACCCAAGUUUGGGAAAACCUGGACUAAAUGCUCCAGUGGAAACUGAAAAGGAAAAGGGAGUAGGGUUGCAGCACUUAAUUUUUAAACCUUUAUGCAGCAAAUCAUUUGCAUCAGAUGUAUGUUUCUUACUUAUUACAAAUCACUUUUAUUUUGUCUUUAUAGAUAGUCUUUCCUAUACAAUGAUAUAAAAUGCAAACAAUAAUACAAAAUAAGGCAGUUUUAAAAUUUCUGAGUUGCUAAUCAUAUACAAGUCAGCAGAAAUAUUUUUUAGAAGUAGACUUCCUCAGUGCCCAUCAAAAACAUGGACAUAAAUUCAGAAGGAAAAAGUUCAACAACUGUGGAUCCUCCACAAAAAAGGCCCUUCCCCCAGUGUUACGAUAUGAAAGCUAGGAGCUAAAUGGCACUGUAAACCUAGGUUAUGGGCACAGCAAUGGAAUGUGUAGGCUCACUUUUGUUAAAACAAGAAUAUGAAGCUGAAAAUGAAUGAACUGCAGCUAAAAUAUUGCAUUCAUUUUUCAUAUGGUCUAGUCCUUCCCCUGCCCACCCUCCUAAUAUUCUUAAGAGGGUAUCUUCUCCAGUCUUCAGAGAGUAGCUGAAAGUGGGGAGGCAGAAAAAAAGUCCUCCUUUCCUUCCACUCUGCAGUUUUAAUUUGCACCCAGAGCUCAGAAACUGCUUGAGCUAAUGAAAUUCCCUGUUGCAAAAUGCGCCUAGAACAAUGGGAGUUUUGAACACUUCCUUCGCCCUGAUACCAAUCUGAUCUUCUCUACUGUCCAAUCAGAGAGCAAGGCUUCUGACACUUAUCUUAAGGCCCUGGUGGGCGUUUAGGUAACUUAAGUCAUUUAAAGCUUUAAAAGGUUAAUACUCACACUUAAAACUGAGCCUAGACGCAAAUUGAAAACCCAUAUUAAUUUGGUGUGAUAGGUGAGAAGAGCUUGGAUACAAACGGUUCAGUGAAAUCCCUGCAUGUUGCUUAUAUAUUUAGAGUUUGUUUCAAAAUGUUUUUUCAUGCUUCAUAUUUGAAAGUGCAAAUAGAAAUAAUGGGUAGCCUUUGUGCCUUUAGAUUUAAUUGCUGUGCCACAGACAUGGAAAUAUAUUUUAUUCUUGCCGUGUUACUUGCACAUUCUUACAACUAGAACAGUUUGUGCUUCCACUUCUGCAUCUUGCCUCCCCCAAAAGCCUUCAUAAAGACACGAAACAAGAUUAAUCUUGGGUCCAAUUGAGUUAAUGAUUUUCUUCAGUAUCUAAAUACAUUAUUUCAAUUCAAUAUUCAAUGUAUUUCAAAUACAUCCGCAGUCAGAGUGCAAGAGUGGAUACUAAUUUUCAAUCUAUCUUAGUGGACAGUUCUGCAAGAAAAUAGAAGGCUGACUUUGAGAACCUAGUUCAUUUGUAUCCAAUUUCCACAAAAGGUAUGGACAGAAGUUCCUGUAAACAUGUAUCCUGCAUUUAUAAAAAUACUAGAUUCCUGUUCCUUGUAUUUCCCCAGUCUUCUGCAACUGGUUCACAUGCACUUGAAUACAGACUUUUUGGCCACCAUUUGCAAACCAGCUAACAUUGCUUAACUUUCCAGUUAUGGAAGGAAUAAAAGAUGCUUAAAUUUGCUGAUAUUUUGAAGAACAAAAAGCUUCUCACCGGUGCUGAUUUAUAGGCGGAAACUAAUCAGAAUUUUAUCCCCUGGUUUCAGUAUUUGCAGAUAUACAGUAACAUCUAACACUUGCACCUGGCAUCCGCAAGAGUUGUAUGAUAAAAGGAGCUCUGUCUGUUCUAUGCAAGGACACAGGGAGAAAGAUUGAGAGAAUAGGACAAUAAUCUAGAAAUAGCUAUCAUACACCUCUGAAUGUUAGCGAACUGGUGGAACAGAUUCCUAUGAGAUGGUAUCUCCCCCCAACCUGCCUCCUGAGGAAGGUGUCUCUGUACGACACAUAUGGUUGCCAAUGUGAAGAAAAACCUGGGUCUCUUGCCCUCUGUUCUGCAAGAGCAAGGCAAGCAGGUCUACUUGUUGCUGUGUUCUCUUCUCUUCCUUUGUGUACUUAAAAAACCCUUCCUAUAAUUUGGCUGCUGUUGUCUGAAGUGUGCAUGCCAUACUCGUGUUCUGGUAAUCUCCUACCUGCCUAGCUGCUGGGUGUAUUCUACUUAGUGAAAGAGUAGGGUAGAUAGAGAAAAGCAGAGCACUCUGAUCUCUAGGAAAAUACAGAGCUGUGUGCUCACACUGCUUUCUGAGACGACUGAGUAGAUCUGGCAGAAGUGCAGGGUGUGCCUUCUUAGGGUUCUGGGCUUUAGUGCUUCCUUCAGCACCCUAGAAUGACCUCCCUUCUCAGGGCCUGCAAAUUUAAGACUGAUGUGGUGGUGACAGGAAUUACCACAUAGGCAAGAUGCCGCUCAUCUGCCUUCAAGGCUGUUGUGUGGCCAUUGCACAAGGCCCUAAGCAAGCUCUCCUAGUCUUCUGUUACAGCUGUGUCCCAAGAUUUUCCCAUUUGGGGAAGGGAUUGUGCAGUUCAUUAAGGCAGUUGACGGGUAUAUAGUACUAGUAGAACCAAGUGUGGUUUACUGGGAAACCUCAUGUGUGAUGUCUAACAUAGGUCAUACUCAAAGUAAAUUAAUGGACUAACAUAGGUCUCCUCAGAGUAUCAUUAACAUUGGAUAUCUCUCUAUGGCUCUGAUUUUAUGUUUCUAAUAAUGGCUCUUCGAUGCUUCAGGUCCUAAAUUGGUGAUCCUGCAACCCCCAUGUGUGCCAAAUUGUUUUUAUUAAAAUACAAGUGAUAUUAGUGAUAGAUUAAAAAAAAAGUUUUGUUGCAGAUUAAGGGAGAUUUGUACCCCAGUACAGUGUUAAAACUGAGAUAUGAAAGCUAGGAGCUAAAUGCCACCUUAAACCAAGGUUGUAGGAGCAACAACGGAAUGUCUAGGUGUGCUUUUUAAAAAGAAGGAUACAAAGCUGAAAAUGAAUGAACUGCAGCUAAAAUAUUGUGUUAAUUUUUCACAUGGUCUAGUCCUUCACCUGGCCACCCCCCUAAUAUUCUUAAGAGGGUCUCUUCUCCAGUCUUCAGAGAGUAGCUGGAAGUGGGGAGGCAGAAAAGGGUUCUCCUUUUUUGUUUUUGUUAAAUUGUUAAAUUGUUGCCAGUCUUUUAUUUAAACAACUUGCCUGGAAUUCCAUGCAAGUGAGUAAACAGGCUGGCCAGUGCAUCCCUCCUUUCACCAUGGUUUCCAUGGUUGCUACAGAGGAAGGAAAGCUUCUUCCAGUUACUGCCAUGGAAAUGCAGCAGGGUAGUGGAUGAGGGAUGGAUAAUUUCAUUCUUCCUCUAGUCUGCUGCUUCUGCUUCUUAUCAACAUAAUCAUCUAUUGAAUUUAUAUACCGCCCUAUACCCAGAGGUCUCAGGGCAGUUCACAGAACAAAAUUAAAAUAUAAAAUCACAAAAUAUAUAGAUAUAUAGUAGAAAGUUUGUCCUUUUUUAUUAGCUUGUUUCCCUGCUGGCUAGUUCUUUUUCAGCCAUCAUGGAAAUACUAGUAAUUAGCUUUUUAGCAGGUUAAUAAAAUAAAAUUGCAAGUUACUAACUGUUGUGGACUUACUUAUGUUUCAAUAAACAUUUAAAAAUAAUAAGAAAUCCACCCUUAAACUCGAAAAGUAGGAUAAUUUAUCUCCAAUUUCAUAAACCUUGGGGUGAAGGAAACAAAACCUUCUAAAGCAUUCAGCUUAAUCUUUUCCCCCAAGUUGCUUUCCUCAGUGUUCUGUAAUUGAAUAAAUACUGUUUUUAAAAACUUGUAGCUAGUUCUUGUAUCCAUGGCCAAGAUUCGAAACAUUUACCGAUACAUCUAAUAGAAUGGCUCCUGGAAAUGUUGAGUAUUCAAGACCUGAGAUAGGGCAUUACCACCUUGCUGGUUGCUGUUACCUUUGGGUACUUUAGGAGUCCCAGGUAUGGCAAAGUACAGAUGAGGCUAGGGCUGAGCCUUGGCACUGACAGUCAGUUCCAAGGCUGAAUUGCUUCAAUGGUUCUUUAAACAGCGGUCCAUAAUUUCUCUUAAAUACAUAAAUGCUUUCUUUUGAAAGUAUUUUUUUAAGAUUUCAUGUGCAAAUAUCCCCCCACCCACUGUAUUUUGCAGUUUUGAUUGCAGGACGCUUGACCCCACUGCAAAAAGCCAUUUCCAUGGGAUCAGCAUAACAGCCAUUAGCUGAUUACUUAGACUGAUUUGCUCAAGUGUUAUGGCUGGCUGUAGUAUUUUUCAAGGUUUGUGCUUCUGCAAAAGUGCAGAAAAACCUUAACCGAUGGCACGCCAAUAAGAUUUGCUGCAUCAUUGUAAGCUGGUGAAAAAGAUAAGCUAAAAAUAUCAGGAGACAGGAAAACAAAGAGGCUGUGCAGGUGGGGGGGGAUAAAUGGGGGACUAGUUGAAUGCUGUUGUACCCCCGCAAAAUCUAUAGUAGGCAAGACUCAUUUUUAUUGUAAUAUAUCUUUAAGAAAAAUCUGACAAGACCAACCAAGUGAGAUACAUUUUCUGUUUUUUAUAUUUAAAACAAUCAAAAUACAAAAUGAGACAUUGAUUUCUGACAGAAUUAAGUCAGCCGUUGGCAUAAAGAUGACUUUUCAAAUACAGAACUUUAUUAAGCUAAUUUUAUAUUUAUGCAUUAUUGGGAGGAGGGCAGGUCGAACAGCCUUAAUUUUAGGUCUUAAAUAGGUUGAACCUUUGGGUAACCUCAGUUAUUUUGGGAUGAAUAAUUGUUAUAGUUUCACAGUGUGAGUUAAAUGUGAAGUGGAAAGUGACUAAAAAUCCCUACAGCCAUUUCAUAGUAUUCUCACAGUUUCACAGGACAUUUGCCUUGCUUGCUGCUGAAUUGCUAAUGAAGAGCUCAAUAUAGCUUUUGAUGCAUUUCAGUUUUUUCUCUGUGGAGACUGGCUAAGGUGUUGCUGACAUCACAACAUAAUACAGCUGUUGAUUUUCUAUUAUGGUUGAUGCUUCAGCAAGUGCCUUAACCAACUGCUUCAGCAGCUACCUGCCAAAUGCCUGAAAAAUGAACAGUGGGUAUGUUUAAAAGCUAGGCUCUUUUUCAAAGGAGUCCUCCAGAAUCUUAGAAAACGGAUAUUAUGGAAAGAGUACCUUUAGCAGCUUUGUAUUAUGAUGCUAAAUUGCCGGCAUGAUGCAGGUAUGUUAAUUCUUCAGUAUCUAGUUUCAAUAUGGUGAAAGCUUGCAUCUAUCUAGAGAAGUGGUUGGUGUUUGGGCAAAUUUCUUCAUAGUAUGCUAAAUUUAUAUCUUGAUGAAACGUAUUGAAUAUGGAUGUGCAUAAUUUCUUUAGUCCUGUGCAUACAUAUUCUACUGUGUUGAAGUUUGGAGACAUUAUAAUGGAUUAUUGUUAAUGUACUACAACUGAAUAAAAUGCCCCCUCCACAAUAAUAUACAAACUAAAAAAAGGGACAAAUCUAUUAAGUUUUUUAAAAAAAUGAAAUUCUUAAAGGAACUAGGUUGCCUUGGAAAGUUUUUACAUAUAGUUUAAAAUAAAACUACCUCCUGUACUUUGAAUAGAUUCCAUCUGGACAUGCCGUGUAAUAUUAAGCCUGUUUUUGUUAAGUAUAAAAAUCCCUACAUCUAAUUUUUGCUCUGAUGAUAGUGCAGCAGAGUCAGUUGUAGUGAGAAAGUGAUAUUCCUUGGGAUAUCUAGGACUGGGGAUUUGCUCAAAAUUAACACUGCAAUUAACUAGUAAACAUUGUACUGUACUAGAUAAAAUAGAGCAAAGUUACAGGUGGGGGCAGGCAAGUAAAGAAGCAGUAUAAUAAUACAUUAACUAUUUCAAGUGAUUGCAAUUAUGCACUGAUAUUCCAUAAAAAAUGUCAAAUGCAGGUCUAGAAGAGGUGAUUGAUUGCUGGUAGAAAAGAACAUUGAAACUGCAUAGGUUGUGUCCAGUUAGAAAAUGUUGCUGUUCUAUACUAGAAUCAGUAAGGGAGUUCAGCAUAGUACAUUUUAUGUAGACCAAAACUGAUUAGGAUUAUUAUGUUUUUUAAGGCUUAAAUUCUCAUACAUCCUUACUUCUAAGGACCUUUUAGGUCUUUGGGACUCACUUCUGAAUAGACAGGCACAGGAUUGUUGUGUCAAUGGUACAAUAUAUAGCUCCCCCCCCCCCAUUUUGUUUCCAACAAUUGGUACAGAUUUAGUAGCUGAUAGACAAGAAGCUGAUAGAUUAAAAUAUUUAAGUUAAAAUUAGAAUUCAAGUCGAGUCAGAGGUAUGUUUAAAAACUUUUGUUUUUGGUGUAUUUUGUGUUGUAUUUUAGGAAUAAAAAUAAUAGGAAGUACCCAGAAUAUAAGGAAGGGGUGGUGGUGGAAUCUAUUUAUAGCUUUGUUUUCAUUUUUCCCUACUGAAACUAGUAUUUUCAUCAGUCAUCAUAAUAAGCAGUUUAAAUGUUGUUAAAGUAAUUAGCACUGAUGAUGGCAUAUUUGAUGGAACACUACAUACAUUCUUCCGUCAUAGGCUGCAGAAAGAUUAAACGAAGUUCCUCAGUGUUGCCUAUUUAGAUUGCAAAAAAACAUUUUGCUAGUAGGUUUACACUCUAAAUUUUCAUGUCUCAUUUUUAAUACUUCUGUAAUAUCUAAAUUAAAUGUAUUUUAAUGUGUGAGAGGAACAUGUUUAUAUGUUAGGAUAGGCAAAUUAAAUUGAUACAGGGUUGUUUAAAGGAACGUGAUAACAAUAUUAAGAUCAAAUCAUGUACAUAACUACAGCAAUACCUUUUAAAUACUGCACUCAACAUUAUCUGAACUUAAAAUGUGUUGCUAUAUAAUGGAAUGAUAAAUGUGAGACUAUUAUCUGUAUAUAGGAAAGACUCUUUUAUAACAUGCAGUCCAGCCUCUCUUCAUUUUUUAUUUUUUUUGAAUCUUGGAAUACUAGCAGUAGUCCCUAAUAAUUUUACCUAAAUUAUUUUAAUUGUUCUGUGAGUUAAUAAAGAAGUUGGUUAAAAUAAUGCAUUAUUAUGUAAAAUUGGUAGUUGAUUAAGUAGCAUUUUGAUAGAUAUGUUUUAUACACUUAGUAACAAAAACUAGGUUUAAAAAAGUUGUUCUUGUGGCAAAUAAGUGACUGUACAGUGCUAGAUUUAGAUUCCUUAUUAGAUAGGUUUAUAGGGUAGAAUAUGUCAAUAAUAUCUUUCAAUUUGUUUUUUUAACUGGAGCCUAUGGAAGAUGUGUAAGCUUCUUUAAGCGUUUGGUGUCCCAUCGAAAGUCUGUUAAUAGGUAAUUCAGAAAUCUGUAAAUUAAGGUAUAACCCCGGGCUUCCUCAGCCUUGGCCCUCCAGAUGUUUUUGGCCUACAACUCCCAUGAUCCCUAGCUAGCAGGACCACUGGUCAGGGAUGAUGGGAAUUGUAGUCUGGAAGGCCGAGGUUGAGGAAGCCUGUAUAACACCUUCAGUCAAGAAAUCAAGUUGUUUUGCUAGGAGCUUAGGUAGCACCCCCCCCCCAUGGUAACUUUCAUUCAUGAUCAAAAGUCCCCCCCCCUACCCCUAGUUAAGAAAAUCUGUGGAGAAGAAUUCUCCAGAGUUGGGAAGCUGCUGAAAACUGAACCACUGUAGUUACUUACAAGUACCUGAGAGACAGGUUACCAACCUUGCUCUGCUACAGACUUAGCUGGAUAGCGUUAAGCAAGUGUUUUCCUCUUAUCUCAGUAUCUAAUGCUCAUUACAACAAAUAAAAUAAGAGUUCAUGAAAUGCUUGGAACAUGGUAGAGGGGGGAAAACAUGGAGAUAAGAGGGCUAUCAGAUUAUUAGGAACGCUCUAUAUGUUUUGACCGUGAUAUUGGAAUUGAUCCCAUUUCAUGCACUACAGAGCAAAAUACAAGACCUUGCAUUCCCACCAGGGGCUUACUAAUUUUUAAAAACAAUUUAAUGUAGCUAUGUCUUUUAUUUUUUGUUCUAAAAGAUAGAUGUAGAUAUAUUUAACUAUAGCCAGACUAGAUGCUAAAUGAGAUCUUUAACUCUUAAUCUUCUGACUGGUUUUCUUCAUGUAAGUGGCUAUCAGCUAAAUUAUUUUGAAGGCUGAUGAAAAAAAAUAUUGACUAGUUCUGAUGGAUCCAUUUUUUCAAAGGUUGUCACUGCAGUUCUUAUUCUUUUGUCAGAUCAGGUUGGUGAUGGUGGUGUUAAUGUUAGAAAAUAAGAGAAACGAAUGAGACCUGCAGUGACCUCUUGGCGGUGUCUUCCCUGCCCCUAAUAGGUCUUCUUUUAUUCAAGGUUUCAGUCAGCCCGAAACAGGAGAUUCGUUGUCCUCUCCAGGCUUGUUGGUGGUGGAGCUUGGUGGUGGGAGUGAGGAGAUGGAAACAUAUAAUUGGAUACUUGGUGAUAUCUCCGCUUGAGAUACUGGAGAACCUUUACUGGUUCAAGUAGACAGGAUUCCUUGCAGGAUGUAUACAUAAUAUUUUGGGUUGGCCCUGUUAGCUUUCAAACUGAUAUGUGCUCAACCAUAUCCCUCCGUAGGUGGGAAUGACUGCUGAUAGCUAUGUGAAAGCAAGUACAAAUGCUUAAGUACUAAUGUUUCUCUUUGAUCUUUUUUCUAGAAAAUGUUAUUUAUAGUGCUGAAUAAUUAGAUUUUUUUUUUAAAAAAAGCAUUUUCCUGUUCCCAUUUCCAUGGUUACUGCUUUGGACUAUGGUAUGGCAUUUGAGCGAGCAGCAGACAAUCUUACCUAAGCCUUGCAAGCUAAUUAGGGAACAGAUUGGUCUUACUGGUAUUUAAGGACCUACUAAUCAAACUGUAAGCAAAAUGAAAGCAUUUUCACUGCUGAAAGAGCUGGUUUUUACUUGUUUCCUUCCUUUUGACUUUUAUGUAGUCAUGCUAAUUGUACCUUUUGGUGAACACACUAGCAACUGCAUUUUUGUAUUCAAACUUUGCAAGAGCGUCAGCCCAAUUGCCUGCUGUGUAGAGACAUACAGUGGUACCUCGGGUUAAGUACUUAAUUUGUUCCGGAGGUCUCCUCUUAACCUGAAACUGUUCUUAACCCCAAGACCACUUUAGCUAAUGGGGCCUCCUGCUGCCGCCGCGCCGCUAGAGCACGAUUUCUGUUCUCAUCCUGAAGCAAAGUUCUUAACCCGAGGUACUAUUUCUGGAUUAGCAGAGUUUGUAACCUGAAGUGUCUGUAACCUGAAGCGUAUGUACCCUGAGGUACCACUGUAGAGAGAAAUAACAAGAUGGCUGGGGUUUUUUUUUGCAGGAGAAUUGUAUCCUAUUGUGACUAGAAGGUAUUCAGAGGAAAAUUCCUUGGUUUCUGCAUCAAUGUUGAAGAUCCUACUUUGAAACUUGAAAAUAUGAUCCGUUCUAAAAAUCCUUGAUGGAUUUGAUGACCUUUUGUUUUUCCCUAACAACAAUUCAGCCAAACAACUGCUGUUGGCACAGUAUACCCCCUUACCUUAGGACAACCUUUUUGUUUGUUUGUUUGUUUCAAAAUUUAGCUUUUGUGGCAAAAAAAAAAAGCAAUUGCAGACCACAAAAUGUGGAUUGAACUGGAGAGUGCCAGAGACCUCUGUGUGUUUCCCUUCUGUACACAGUAGUGUUGCAGGGAACACUUAUUCAUCCAUAACUUUCCUAGCUUCUGACCUGAGAGAGAGGACAGUGGUUCCCAAAAAGAGUUUUCAAAGAUCUUCUAGUACUCUGUGUGCCUUUUUCAUUAAGGUUAGAGGGCUUAUUGGCGGAAGCUGGCGUGCCUUUCUGUCUUAAUGUGUCUGGAUAGUUUAAAAUUCCCAGUGUAAUAUAUUCUGCUUCUGAUGCAUUCUAGAACAGGGAUAGCAACAGCACACUGUUCCCUCCCCCCACCUUUGGCAUUAUGACUCACAGCUCACAGAUGCUGAUAUUGCUUUGAAAUAUAAUUUCUUAAAUGCUGUGGUAAACUGCAAUUAUCAAAUUGAAAAUAGUGUGGCACUUAAGGCAAUGGGCAGUGAUUCAGCCUCUUCUGGCUUACGUGAGAUUUAUUUUAAAGAGCACAUACAGUACACAGAAUGCCAUGGUUUAUUACGUAGGCACUGAAGGCAAAAUGAAUCAUGUUUGUAAAACACUCCUACACAACCUUGGGGCACUUGAGGGCCCUUGCUGGAUUAUUUGCGACGGAGGGAAUCUCAAUUAUGCAUUGGGUUGCAGCUCACCUAUUCAUGGGCAAUUUGGUGUGCUGCUAUUAUCUUUAAAUUUGUGCACCUUUGUCAGACUCUGUGGGCACUAAAAAAACCUGUUGCACUUGGCACUGGGUGUAGAGAGUGCAGCUGGAUGGGACACAGCUGUGGGCAGCCUAAGGAAGUAACAUCUACCUUGGGCCUGCCCAUAAAAGCAAGCUCUGCUGUGGGGACAGUAAAGCAGCUAGAGGGGGAAGAAAGAACUGUGACCCUCUGGACAGUCGUGAGUCAAAAGGGAAUUUCACCUUAUUUUGGCUGUCAGCUAUUCUAAGGAAAUUUACACAAUUUGGCUGUGAGGUUGGACCCUCUUUUAGAUACAUACUCAUGCAUGUUUUAUUUGUAGAAAGUCCCAUUGAAUAAAGUGAAACUUCUGAUUCAAGUGGCAUAGGUUCAUACUGUAAUUUUAACAAUGAAAUAAGUUUUUGCAUUCUGAGUAAAGUUGAUUAGGAGCAAACUGUUAAGCAGGAGUUGGGGUUGCAACUGGCCCAAGUAAAUAUAUUUCCAUAAAUGAAGUCAAACUUGGCAGAUUUUAAAUGGUAGAGAGUCAUCUACAGUUAAGAGGUAUUGACAUCUAAGACUGCCUUUUUGUAAGAACAGGUGGAGGAGUUUAAAAUGCAAUCAAGUCCACUUCUCACUUCUUAAAAGUAUUGUUUAAAGAUUGUUGCUUCUUAUGAUAUGAAAAACUGUGCUGCAGUCUUAUAUAUGUUUAUCUGGGAGCAAGUCUCAUUGAACCCAGUGACACUUGUUUCUGAAUAAAUAAGGAUGGGUAGAAUUGCACUGCACAUAGCAUUUGUAUUCUGGCUGAUCUUUGAAAAAAAUCACUUAUAAUUGAAUUUGGUUAUCUGGCAGAAAUGAAAUGUCAUUCAUAAAUUCCUUCAUCUAUAGAAAACAUAUAUGUUUCUUAUACAUUGCAGAAGAAUGACCUUUUUGUUUUUAUUGCAUUAAAAAAAUAUAUUAAAAAACCCUCAAAAAAUAAGCAUCCUUAGUACUGGCUAAGAAUUGUUGCUUCGCUCACUAACAUAGUUUGUAAGCUGACAGUGGGACACUGUUCUGUCUACAAUUUCUUAGGGAAUAUUGUUCAAAAUUGUCUUCUCUACCCUGGUGAUAUUUUUUUCUUACACUGCCAUGAAGUAAUUUGCAACUAAUAAAUGGGCACAAUUGUGUGUGCAGCAUUCAUGUAUCAUUGAAAUCCCAACCCCAUUAAUAUUUGUUGAGAAGUAAAUCUUACUGUUCAAUGGAAUUUAUUCCCAAGUAAGUGUACACCAGUUUGGGCUUCACAUCUCUCUAUCUCCUUGUGUUACAAUAUGAAAAACUAUAAUUUAUGUCUGAAGCAAUUGCAUGGCCCUCUGCAGUCGAUCAUGUUGCCAGUGCUGCAUUUUGAAAGGAGAAAGUCAGACACUCAAAUUGAGUGGAUGUUCUGGUGUUUUAUAAUUAUAAGGGUUCUGGCUUCCUAAACAUUCAGAUUAGCAAGUGUCAGUCCAUGUAUUGAUGCUGAAGAGUUUUACUGCCCUCUGCUGCCCUUUCAGUAUUUUUCUCUGCUUUUCCCUUUAUGGCAAUUGUAGCUGUUUUUCUACAUCGAUCCUUCAUUAUAUCUCAUUAUAACAUUAUAAAGUUGCUCUGUAUUUCCAAACGGAAAGUAUUCUUCCAUUUUGUUGGCACUUUCAUUAUAAUCAAACCUUUUAUUGGCAUCACAUACAAACAUCCAUAGUAAAUCAAUACAGAAUUACCGCCACCCCAAUGUUACAGAACAUUUGUCAAAUGAAAAGAGGCAAAAAAGUCUAAUGUUACAUCUCUAGGUCUCCAAGGAGAUCAGAUGUCUGCAAUGUGUUUCUGCGACAAAAAACCAAAUAAAGAUAUUUAGCCACUAACUUGGUGAGCUCCUGCUCAUUCCCCAGUAAUAGAAAAUGUAUGACCUCCAACUCUGGUUUCCAUUUGGGGUUGCAGAGUUGAUCUAGAAACUGUUGGUGGAGAGCAGCAUAUAAUUUACAUUUAAGAACCAUAUGAGUAACAGUUUCCAGCAGGUGGUCUUCACACGGGCAAAUUCUUUCUCCUUCCACCAUUCCUGAGAACCUACCCCAAAGGAGGUUUGAUGGGUCUGAAUUAAACCUGGCCAGCGAAAAUGCCCUUCUUUCUUGGGGGAUAAGCAGAAAUUCAAGAUAAUUGUGAUUAGUUUCAUAUGCCCAAGAAAGUUGAAAGUAAAGAGGGGAACAUGUUUUCUCUGCUGCUGCUGUUAGUUCCUGGUGUUCAAUGUCCCACAACCUAGUUUUUAUUAUAGCCUUGGCAGAUGGUGGGGGCAUCAAUCACAAAAGUUCCAUUGACAGUUCAAGUUGCUGUACCUUUAUAUUAAAACUGUUGUAGCCCUGGGGAAAUAAAGGGGUCUGACAAGACUUUGCUGAGGGGAGGAUCUUUGUCUAAUGUGAGGUAGAUGUUUAACCAACAUAGAAGAAAUCUCGCCCAGGCAAUGGUUUCUACCUUGUGUUGACCUCCCUCUAGACACAAGGCUGCAUUGGGUACAAAAUGUGGGACAGCAAAAUCUUAAAAAAGAAAGCUGCCCUCACUCGUUCUACCAGCUGGGUAAACCCUGGCAGCCAGACUGGAAUUCCAUAGAGCAAUUGAGCUAUUAUUUCACGUUGAAGACCUUGAGGGCAGAAUUACCUCUUGUUAUGAAAAAUCACAUUAUGGCCUGCAUAGACAUCUUACUGGCAUUCACCGCCAUUGCACGGUGCGAGGACCAUAGAAGCCUAUGAUGGAAUGUAAUUUCCAGUUAGUUAAAUUCAAAUACCUGCUGAAUGGGUUUUCUACCAAAUACCCAGCUAUAGCUCUUGCGUGAAUUCCCCAAAACCAUUAUUUUGCUUUUAUCAAAGUUCAUGCACAAUUUCAUUCUGGACAGAUAGUCCAGUACAGGAAUUUAACAAUCAUUUUAGGCCAAUUCUUGUCUGUGAAAGCAAAAUCAUGUCAUCUCUGUAUAGGGGGAUGGGAAUGCUUGAUGCGUUGAGUUUUGGGCUAUGGGCAUCCACCUGUUUUAGUGAAGAAGCAAGGUCAUUAAGAAAAAGAUUAAAAAGAGAGAGAAGCGAUUACACAGCCCUGGUUUACUCCUCGGUUUAUAAUGACGGGAUCUGUCAUUACAUUCCCUGGUGUUGUUCUUAUACGACAGGUGUUCUUUGUAUAAAGCUUUUUGAUCAAGUAUAGUAAUCUAGGUUUUAGGCCCAUUGUCUCCAAUUUGGUCCAUAACAGCCCCCUGUCAACAGUGUCAAAAGCAGCCUUGAUAUAUAGGAAGGCCACAUAAAGACAUUCUUUAUGAAGCCGCGUGUACUUAGCAGCUAAGUGAGAUAACACUAUGCAGUUGCGUAAAGUGGAUUUCCCUGGCCUAAACCCUGUCUGCUCUGGACCUAUGAUGUUAUUUUCAUCAAGCCCAAGCAGUUAGUUUAUUUAGCAGAUGUUUAGCGUACAAUUUCCUGAUGUUUAACAAUAGAUCGUUGGCACUUUCGCAUUUUGCUACAGAGUACAUUUCAAAUCUUACUGCAUUCCAACUGCAUAGAGACAUCACAAUUCCCAGUGGCCUUGACCUAUUUAAGUGCACAGCUUCCUUCUGUGAAUGAGUGGGAUGGAGGAAAUCCAUAUAAGGCAUAAUUAAAGUGCCGCAAUUUUAAACAGAGGUAAUUGCCCUAAUAUGAAUGUUGGCUUUUUUCUUAUGGGCCAACACAAGUAUCCUUUCAUGUGAAAUGGGACCUAUGACUGUAUGUAGAGAUGCAUUGGAAUGAGGUGGUAGAAUAUGGGGCACUACCUCAGGCUAGAUACUUCUUUAAAUUCUUGCCCAACCCUGCCAAAAACUAAAUUAUUAAGGGGAGAGCCCAGGCUUUGGCCUGUUUUUGUACUUUUGCAGCUUUUAACUGGAGAGCUUAUUUAAAAAUAGUGCAGACUGCUCUAUGACUUCGUUGUGCAAUUUGUGUAGAGCAGUCUUAAGGUGGGGAAGAAAUGAAAAAUACUGGGGGAGGGGGGUUGUUGUUUUUGUUUGUUACUAUGUUGUGUAUUUUUUAUGUGCCUAUAUUGUAAACUACCCUGUGACCCUCGAAGGGUGGUAUAGAAAUUAAAUAAAUAUAUAAAAAUAAAAAUGAGGAAUAGAUCAGAUUUGUUCCCUGCUCACAGAAUGAAUGCAUCUUUUUUUCCAUCAAAAAGCAUGCACUGAAAAUCACCAGUAUGAAAGCACAUAAUGUUGUCUCAUAGUCAUAGGGCCUUUUGAAAUGUCAAUGCAUAAUAGCCAGGGUCUGUGCCUGUUAUUGACUUGUGAAAAGCUAAUUAAAACAACAACAAUAUACUAAAGAAAUACUUGGGUGUAUGGCACACUAACAAGGGGAAGUCAUCUUAAACUUGGUCAGACAGUGGGCCAGAUUCGACUGAAUCAUUGUACUAGUGGGAACCAGCACAAUAGGGCUGCUUCCCCCACCCACCUAAUUGAGCCAUAGUACAAGCUUCAAAUUGUAAUGAUGGUACAAUGGCACAACUGUGGCCUUACACUACUGCAGGCACCCCCAAACUUGGCCCUCCAGAUGUUUUGGGACUACAACUCCCAUCUUCCCUAGCUAACAGGACCAGUGGUCAGGGAUGAUGGGAAUUGUAGUCCCAAAACAUCUGGAGGGCUAAGUUUGGGGGUGCCUGCACUAGUGCUUAUGCCAUCCUGCCUGAUUUUGUGAGCUGAUCGUACUGCGUCUGAUACUGAUGGUAGAACACAUUAGGAUAUAGUAUGCACGUUUUUGCCAAAGCAAGCAUUUUGAAGACACAACAACCUCUGUAGCAAUAAGAUUCAUGUUUCUGUCUUAAUUUGAUGAAUCUCAAAUUUAUUAUGGUUGAAAUUAUACUGUGAUGUCUUGCAACCCAGUUUUCUUCACUUACCGCUAGUUUUACUAAUGGUCAUUAUUAAGAAUAACUUGCUAAGUGUAUCUUGAAGAUUGUACACUUCCCACAUUUCAAAGGCAAUCUGGGAGGAUACUAUUGAAUGGAUUAUAGAGAAUGGGCUUAAUGUCAUGUUUUUAAAAGAUUCUAAACUUUGGAUUGACUUUUAUAUAUAUAUAAAAAAUUGUUUUAGGUGUCUAAAAGGGAUGGUAUUUCUGAUGCCCGACAAUAUAAUACCGUCCAGGGGUCUCCAAUGGUGAUAAGGACAUGGGACUCCUGCCAGAUUCCAGAUGGUUCAUCACAACUGACAUCUUGGUUGGCGACUGUGAAAAAGAUCCUUGGAUUAUUUUAUUUUAUUUUCGUGGGAGACCGCAGUCGCAGAUCUACAGGAUACACCAGGCAAGUAAUGCCAAGCAGCUAUUGAUUAUGUAACUCUUUUAAAUAAGAUUUUUUUUUUUUUAAAGGUCUAAGUUUUCUACUUAACAGUGCAAAUCCUUUGCCUGUUUACUAAAAAAUCCCACUGUGUCCAAUGGAACUUAGCUCAUAGUUUGCGUUGUUAGGGUUACAGUCUUAAAGACUUAAGUAUGUAGAAUGGACCCCAUAGCUGUUGACUAUGUGUGUAUUUAUGUAUAUUUUUAUCCUGCUUUUAUUGUCUCCCAAGGUGGCUGAUGUCAACAAAAUAAAAUAAAGAGAGAGACAGAAGUCUUUCCAUCAGGCUUACAAACUAAAAAGACAAGGGGAAUGGCAAUGGAGGGCAAAGAUAGAGGAGAGGGAAACAAAAGCUUUUACUAUAUUACUUGUGACAUUUUGCGUGGCCUAAUAAAUGGCUAAUCCAUUUUUUGAAUAUUUGUCAUUGGCCUUCCCUUACUUUUCAUGUAUCCUGCUUUUAUUCAUUUUAAAUUUUCUUAACAGAUUGUCUGAUUUUUAUUUUUUUAUUUUUUAAAUAAUUUUUAUUAACUGGCCAAUCACAUCAAAUUAAAUCACAUCACAUAAAUUCCAAAUUACAAAGCCAAAUUUUUAAAUUUUGUUGGGGGAACCCAUACUUCAAGAUCCAAAGGGGGAUUCAAAUCAUCUUCUUAUUACUGCAUUAAUGUCCAAAUCAGUCCCAAUCAGUCCAAACAGAGUUCAUAGUUCUAUCCAAUCUUAUCUUGGUGUUUCCACAUCAUAUCUUGUUCAUAUAAUUUCUCUUUCCCUUUACGAUCUCUUCUGUUAGUCUCCUUAAGCCGAUAAGCAAAUAUAAUAAUCCUGUGUGAAUUUCCCGUUCUUCCAAUCUAAGUCCAGAUGGUUUCCAUAUAUCAUCUCCUUCGUAGAUAACAUCGCUCUUUCCAUCAUAAAUUAGGCAGUUGUCACUCUUAAGUCCCACUGAGGAGUUAAUCCACGAUAUGUAAACAACUCUGUUUCUCUCUUUCUCCUCCCAGACUCAAGAGCUCCGACAGUGCCUCCCAAAAUGGCGACGGCAUUUUUAACUGCGUCAUUCCAAAACUCUUAACUUUCCAGCUUCGUCUUGGAACAUUGCUUUGGUUCGAAAAUUUAUCUCCACACAGCCUUAAAUCCACAGCUUAAGUCCUUAAAACGACAUUUCUGACUCAUUAGGGAGGGAUUCUUGUUUAAUCACAUAGAGAAAUAAAGGAGGGUUUCCCCCCCUCCCCCCUCAGUCAUUUGCCGUACCGUAUCUUGACGUAUCUUCUUAUAUUUUAUUCUUGUCUUGUUUUAUCAGAGAUCUCUUCUGUCAGCAGUCUUUACUCCCCCUCUUUCCUUGAAGUAUGUGCAAUUUAUCUCGUCCAAAUUGUUUCUUUUGAAGAUUCUUGCAACUAGUGGCGCAGAUCAGAGACGGCAUCGAGGAGUGCCGGAAUCCCACAGGAGGGCUUUGUGCCUAGUGCCCCCAUCCCCACAAAUUCGGGGUGGUAUAGGGCACAGCAGGCAGGGCCGUCCCCACAAUCCUGGAGGGGUUAAGGAGGCUAAUUACCCCCAUCAUAGCCUCCAAAUUACCUCAUGUGGGUCGGAGAGAUGUUAUUGUCAGCCAUCUUCCGAUGCGCCCCCUAGUGGCCCCCUCAGAUUGUCUGAUUUUUAAAUACUGUGGAUUGGAUCCAAAGUAUCCCUUCCAUGAAUGAAAGGACUUCUUCUUUUUAUAAAAUAAUUUGAGAUCCAGUAGAGGCUCCCACUGGAAUAAAGGGGGAGGUAAUUUCCACUUGCAUCCCCCAUCACCUCCUGUUCUGUUCCACAAAUUCAUCCAGUGCUCUGGAACAGCUUUUGGGGGUUCUGAAAAGGAGCAUCUUAUGACUGGAUUUCCACUCUAUAUGUUUAGUACAAAUAAUAGGUAGAGAAUAUUCUACUGAAAAUGACAUUUUCUUGGAUCAAGCUCAAAGUUCUAGUUGGGGAAUCACACUGGAGUUUUAAUAAAUGGACUUUCAUAGUUCUUACUCUUAAAGCUUAAUAAAUCUUGUUUGGUUUUCAGACUUAGUUUUGAUACUUAAAUUGGUUCUGAGAUCUGUAAUUGUGGUCGUUCAUGAUGAAAGGAUGUUCAUGGAGAAAAUGGAUUAUUUUUAAGCAUGGAUUAGAUAUUGUUCUUGUUACAGUUAUGUUAUAUAAUAUGUGAACUAGGAGAACACAAAUUAUAAUGGCUCCUCCUCUUCUUUUUAAGGCUCCAUAUUUCCUUUAGAUUUUUAAAAUAA